UACUGUUAUUUCAAGUUGGUCUUCACUUUCAACACUCUCAGAACCUUAACCAUGGAUUUGCUUUCAAUCUCUCCGUCUUACCCAUUAACUUCGAUUCGUACCUUUUCCAUAAACUCAAAGCCACCCAUUUCCUCCUUCAAUCCCAAAACCCUAGUCCCCUGUUUGCGUUCUAAACCAUACAGAACCCUACUCAAUUGCGUCUUCACGGCCUCGCCACUACCUUCCAAAAAUUCAAACUUUGGGUCCCAAACUCAAAAACCCAGAAUCACUUUUCAGCUUUCUGCGCCGCAGACGGCGAUGAGAGGCGCAGAAACCGAUGCUAUGGGGCUGUUACUGAGGGAGAGGAUCGUUUUUUUGGGUUCCAACAUUGAUGAUUUCGUGGCUGAUGCUAUUAUGAGCCAGUUGCUGCUAUUGGAUGCUAAAGACCCCACUAAAGAUAUCAAACUCUUCAUUAAUUCCCCUGGUGGCUCUCUCAGUGCUACAAUGGCUAUCUAUGAUGCCGUACAGCUUGUGAGGGCUGAUGUUUCCACCGUUGCACUCGGGAUUGCUGCAUCAACAGCCUCCGUUAUCCUUGGUGGCGGCACUAAAGGCAAACGUUUUGCUAUGCCCAACGCACGAAUUAUGGUUCAUCAACCUCUUGGAGGUGCUAGUGGACAAGCUAUAGAUGUAGAAAUUCAGGCUAAAGAAGUUAUGCACAACAAGAAUAAUGUCACAAGAAUUAUAUCAGACUUCACUGGACGCACAUUUGAACAAGUGCAGAAAGAUAUUGAUAGGGAUAGAUAUAUGUCCCCAAUUGAAGCAGUUGAAUAUGGAAUCAUUGAUGGUGUAAUAGAUAGAGAUGGCAUUAUCCCUCUUGUGCCAGUGCCAGAAAGGGUGAAAUCAUCACUGAACUAUGAAGAAAUAAGUAAAAACCCCAGGAAAUUCCUGACCCCAGAUAUCCCUGAUGAUGAGAUAUACUAGUUUCAAAUGAUUGAUAAAUGAUAUUUAUAUCCCUGAAUGGUGGAGAAUGCUGUAACAAACACUAAAAGAUGUAGAAUUGUCUCAUAUUUUUCUUGAAUUUUUAAUUUUAUUUCAUGUGUGGGUGUGUGAAAAUUUGUGAUCUAGUUAUGGGAAAUUUUUUUGGUUAUCAUUAUUUUGAUUGU